UUAUUCACAGAAGAAAGCAGGUAGUAUACUGUUACAAUACUACAGUAGAAAGUCAGAAGGUCACAGAGCGAGCAGGGUAACUGAAACAACUUGAAACUGCUUGGCCCCCUUUAAAAAGAAAUAAUAAAAUGGGAGAGAAUGAAACAGGUUUACCUAACACAUCCUUGCAAGGUAAAAAGAUGGCCUAUCAAAAGGUCAAUGCAGAUCAAAGAGGUCCAGGACAUUCACAAUACUUAGACAAUGAUGACCUUCAAGCUACUGCCCUUGACUUAGAAUGGGACAUGGAAAAGGAACUGGAAGAGCCUGGUUUUGACCAGUUCCAACUAGACAGUACUGAGAAUCAGAACCUGGAGAAUUCAGAGACUGUGGACCUCAGUCUUGAUUCCAUUCAACCAGCAACUUCACCCAAAGGCAGGUUUCAGCGACUUCAAGAAGAGCCUGACUAUGCUACCCGUUAUUCAAGAUCUGCGCCAAAGAGCAACCACUACAACUUUUGCUGCCUUUUAAAAAUACUUUGUAUGGCCAUCAUUUUAUUUAUUUUUGGAAUUUUGAUAGGCUAUUAUGCACAUGAAAAUUGCCCUUCAAAUGCUACAUCUUCAGGAACAAUUGAUCUUCAGUUAUACCAAGAGAUUCUCAAGACAAUCCAAGCAGAAGACAUUAAGAAAUCUUUCAGAAAUUUGGUACAGCUGUACAAAAGUGAAGAUGACACGGAGAUUUCAAAGGAGAUCAAGACUCAGUGGACGUCUUUGGGCCUGGAAGAUAUACAGUUUGUCAAUUACUCAGUCCUGCUUAGUCUGCCAGGCCCUUCUCCCAGCUCUGUGACUCUGAGCAGCAGCGGCCAGUGCUUUCAUCCUAAUGGCCAGCCUUGCAGUGAAGCCAGAAAACAUAGCAGCCAAGAUCUGCUCUACUCAUACGCAGCCUAUUCUGCCAAAGGAACUCUCGAGGCUGAAGUCAUUGAUGUAAGUUAUGGAAAUGCAGAUGAUUUAAAAAGGAUUAAAAAAAUGAAAAAUACAACAAACCAGAUUGCACUCCUAAAACUGGGAAAAUUGCCACUACUUUAUAAGCUUUCCUUAUUGGAAAAAGCUGGAUUUGGAGGUGUCCUUCUAUAUAUCGAUCCCUGCGAUUUACCAAAGACUGCCAAUCUCAGCUAUGAUACCUUCAUGGUGUCACUGAAUCCAGGAGGAGACCCUUCAACGCCUGGUUACCCAAGUAUCAAUGGAAGCUUUAGACAAAACCGAUCAAACCUCACCUCUCUACUAGUGCAACCCAUCUCAGCAUCACUCGUUGCAAAACUGAUCUCUUCCCCAAAUGACAGAACCAAAAAUGGGGUCUGUAGCCCUCUAGAACUUCCAAAUAAUGAAGAAAGAAUUAUCAACAUGCAAGUUCAGACAGUCACAAAAUUCAAAACAGUUACUAAUGUUGUUGGAUAUUUAAAGGGCUUGACUUCUCCAGACCGGUAUAUUAUAGUUGGCAGCCACCAUCAUACUGCAUACAGUUAUAGUGGACAAGAAUGGGCCAGUAGCACUGCCAUAAUCACAGCUUUUAUCCGGUCCUUGAUGUUAAGAGUUAAGAGAGGGUGGAGACCAAACCGCAGUAUUGUUUUCUGUUCCUGGGGAGGAACAGCUUUUGGCAAUAUUGGCUCAUAUGAAUGGGGAGAGGAUUUCAAGAAGGUUCUGCAGAAAAAUGUUGUGGCUUAUGUUAGUCUCCAUAGUCCCAUAAGGGGUAACUUAAGUCUAUAUUCUGUAGCUUCACCAUCUCUUCAGCAACUGGUAGCAGAGAAAAAUAAUUUCAACUGUUCCAGAAGAGCUCAGUGCCCAGACACAAAUGUCAGUUCUGUGCAGAUACAAGGUGAUGCCAAUUAUUUCAUCAACCAUCUUGGAGUUCCUGCUUUGCAGUUUGCUUAUGAAGACAUCAAGGCAUUACAGGGUCCAAGUUUUCUCUCUGAGGCUCUUUUCCCUAACCAUGCAAUGAAAAUUGAAGAAAUGGAUCCCUUUUUCAGCCUUCAUGAAACCAUUACCAAGCUCUCAGGAGAGGUGAUUUUGCAAAUUGCCAAUGAGCCCGUUCUGCCCUUUAAUGCUCUCGAUAUAGCAAUAGAAGUUCAAAACAGCCUUAAAGGUUAUCAACCCAACACUCAUCAACUGUUAGCCCAGGCCACACGCCUGCGGGACAGUGCUGAACUCUUUCAGUCGGACGAGAUGCGUCCUGCUAAUGAUCCAAAGGAGAGAGACCCUGUCCGGGUCAGAAUGCUAAAUGACAUUCUUCAAGACAUGGAGAAGAACUUCCUGGUACAGCAAGUGCCACCAGGGUUUUAUAGAAACAUCCUAUACCAUCUUGAUGAGAAGACAAGCCAGUUUUCAAUACUCCUGGAGGCUUGGGAGCACUGCAAGUCACUUGCAUCAAAUGAGACCCUUCAAGAAGCCGUGUCAGAGGUGUUGCACAGCAUUAAUUCAGCUCAGGUUUACUUCAAAGCAGGACUUGAUGUGUUUGAGAGUGUCUUGGUUGGAAAGAACUGAGAAAACUCUCGGCAUUUUAAAAAGUUUGUUUACAAUUCCUCAAGCAAAAGCUCUAAUAUGACCAGAUUUUCAGACAUUGAAGACUUUUUCCCCCAAUGGCUUUUUAUACCAAUCUACAGCUAUUAUAUCACAUUGUAUUUUUUAACGGACAUGUAAACAGAGCAUUUUGCACAUUUAAUAUUUUCUUAUAUUUGCAUUUCUGAAUAUGUAAAAGCAAGUUAUUGAAAUAAUGCUUAUGAUUUAUCUAUUGAAAAGAAAUCUGCUGUAUUUUUAUAUAUAUAAAAUAUUUGGGGGGAAAAGUUUCAAGAAGUUUUGGACAAUUUUUGCUCCUAUGGAUAAAAUACGUAGGAACAGAAGUUGUUCCCUAUGUUAGAGCUAUUAAUGACCUAGUUUCUGUAAUAGAAAUGGAGAGUUGAUAUGGUUUCAGAUUAACUUCACUAUUAAGUAUUCAAUAUGAAGAAUUCAAGUAUUCUGACUGAAUGAUUGGUUGACCAAAACCACUUUGAAUGUUUCUAUUUUAUGAAAUGAAGUGCCUGUCCUUAACACAACUAGAUGUAGUAAUACACUGGUUAUGAAAUCGUAUUUUUUUUUUAAGUAUUAAUGAAAAAAGAGCCAUAAACAUUCCAGGGGAAAAUCUCAAGGUAGCUGUAUAGAGCAAUUUAAAUGCAAAUUUUUUUCCUAACAACUUAAAAGGUGACUUGCUUUGAAACCUCUAAUUUGCCUCAGUUGAUUUUUUAAAAGUUUCUGAAAUGAUAUAUGUUUAAUGAGGGAAAAAAUAUUUCUUAUUUCUUUUUGUGUUGUUUCUUUUGGAAGCACUGAAACAGAGCUACUCUAAAAUUAAAGCAUCUCACAUUGCUUUUCCUUCUUGUAUCUUUUCAGAAACUCUUUUCUGUGAGGCACUUUUCACAGAAACUCUUUUCUGUAAGGCAUAUAAUUUCCACAGGAAAGUAGCAAAGAUUUUUCUUUGAAAAUCCCAAAUGUCUUAAAAAGCAUUAAAUUGCCACUUCUGCCACUGACAAAAAGGCUUAUGAAAGAAAUAGUUGUUUUAGUCAAUAAAAAAAGCUUCUUAAUUCUAUGGGGAAACUUUUGAUAUUUUUUCCUUCUUUAUCCUUAAUUGUGACUAUGAUGAAAAUGUAGAUGAUAUUCAGGUUCCAAAUUGUAUGCAGAUAAGAUAGUGUUAACAUAAGAACAUGUCUUUCCCACACUUCAAUUCUUUUCUCAUGAGGAAAAUGAAACUUUUCACACUGACAUCGUUGUUGAAUGGCUCUGGCAUUUAUUAUUCCCGGAAACCCUAGAAUUCUGUUAAGUGACAGUUUAAACUUUUAGCUUGCCCUUAGAAAUUGAUUUGGUAUUUUUUUCUUCUAAUAUUGGAUAAAGCAAAUUGCCUUAGGAAAUAUAUCUUCAGACUAUUUCACAUGAUUUUUUUUCCCCUCUACUUAACACAACAUUCAAACAUGUUUUCCUGUUAUACACCUCCAGAGCAACGUACUGACAGUUUCUUGUAUAUCUUAGUCUUUGCUUUUCAUCAUGGAUGAGUAUAAGCCUAAUCUUAGUUUAAAGGAAACCUAAAGUUGAGGGGAAGAAAUGAAUCAGUAUUGACUAAUUGAUUCAUAAGGGUCAGAUGUUUUUACCAUAAGUAAUGUUUAUUUGCUAAAAGCAAAUAAGAGAAUUGAGGAAAUUAGCUAGAUAAUUCAAGCAGAAAUCCAUUUUCAUCUGAAUUGCUUGUGUGCACAUAUUUUUACAUAGGAAAUGAAACUACCUUACUUUUCCUUCUUUAUUCUUUUUCUUCUUCUUCUUCUUCUUCUUUUUUAUUUUUUUUUUCCAAUAUAGUUGUUUGUUUGAAAGCAUUUGCCAUGUUGAGGAGUGCCUACAGAAAAGAGCUAAGAGGACAAGGCUCCUGCAUACCUCAGCUCUAGUGCCCCUUCUUGCUCCAUAGAAACCAACAACAGAAAAGAGGUGGGAGUACACAUACAGACAUGUAUUGGCCAAAGAAUAGACUACCUUUUUCCAAAGGAUAUUAAAUAUUUAAUCAAGCUUUAUGGGUUAAUUCCAGUUUUUCACUUGGACUUGAAGUUAAAGCAAAGAUAAAUAAUUAUCAGUUUGACAGUUUAUCAGUUUAGAACAAAAUCCUAGGUAAAUUCACUCCCUUUGUCUAUAAGAGCUUUGAAGCACAAAAUAUUUUUGUUUGUACAUUUUUAUUUAAUGAUUAUGUACGUAGUUACCUAGUUACCUAGUUACCACAUAUGCAAAUUAAAAAUCACAGUAUUAUGUAUUCUUCACUUCUAAAUUAUAUGGUAUUUGAUAUUUGAAAACUGAAGUUAACUGUGGAUUAACAUGUUUUUAUUAGUCUAUUGAAGAGAUUAUGUGAAGCAACGAAUGUCCACCAGUUCAAUAGAUGUAGUUCUACAUCUUUGUCUGCAACAAACCUCUUAACUAGGAAUAUUACUGCUAUGGUCUCAUACCUCAGGGUUCCUCCAAAUUUACAUAAUUAAUUUCUCCCUCCCAAUAGAUCCAAGUAAAUAAAAUACUAUGCAAGUUAAUAACAAGUGUUUUUUGGUGAACUAGUAGUAGGUUUCAAUUCUUGAUGAGAUAUCUGAGUGUCUGAUAAUUCUCAUAAUCCUUCCUACGGUAUGUAGAAUUAUAUCAAGACAUAAUUCAUAAAUGGUUAUUCUGCCAAGAAAAUGUGGCAAAUUCAUACCACUGGAACUUAGGUUCAGGAAGGUUACACAUGGGACACUGUCCUUUGUGAAAAAGCACAGAUUCUGGAGUCAAAAGGAAGCCCAGGAGACAUUCCAGUCUAAGCCCUAGCACGUUACCUUCAACCAGGGAAAACAUCAUCAGCCCAUCAGAUGCAGGAACUGAAGCCAAAGUGAUUAAGAAACUUGGCUAUUGUCACAUAUUUAAGUACCAUAGUAGCAAAAGCACUACUGGAAUUUAAGCUUCUCUGCUUUCUCAUGCAGUAAAUCCAGCUCUCUCCCUGAGAUGCUAUGGUUAUAAAUAAUCUUUUCCAGUGCAUCCUAUGCAACCGACCAUUUUAUCAAAUGCUGUAUGGGCUGGAAUCACUGCUUUAAUUAAGGACUAGCUCAUUCUCUGACUGUACCUGACCAAUAAAAACUGUGCCAGGAAAUCCAGGCAAAGGACUGCAUGCUUGGGGGCAGAGGGAAGUGGGCAGAGUUUCUACAUGACACCAGAAGUCAGGAAGGAAAGCAUUGAGUUAAAUGCUUUCAUGAGAGCAUAUUUUAAUGCAGUAUUAAAUCAGCAAUCUAAAUCAAUGUUUCUCAAAUGUGGAUUUGGGGAGUAAGGCCUAGGAAUCUUCAUCUGCCGAAAGAUUUCCCAGAUGAUCAUUAUGAACACUGAAAUUUAAGAAUUUCUAACAUACAUUA